AAAACCAAUCUCUCCCUUCCAUCCUACUUCUCCACAGCAGCCAUCAGCACCCCCCUCUAUCAGCCUAGCUGCCGUCCUGCUCUCAUACCUCCGGCUCCACCUGAUCCUCCUCCUUCCCCCUCUGCUCCAUUGCCAAAAGCUGCUUCCUGGCACGGGAGGAAGCCAGGACAAGUCAGGUGAUUCUAACACAUGACAGACGCCACCAAACUUGUCGGCGCCGAGCGCUUGACGGACGUCGAGAAGGGCCAAUGGGCGCGCGGCGCUGGGCGGCCGGGGCCGACGCCGGGGGCGGGCGCAACCAAUCAGCGGAGCGGGCGGACAAGGAGGAAGCGGGGUGUAAGGUGAGGCGGGUUAGGUUGCGCGGUCAGGGAAGCGUCGAGCGCCGUUGUCCAGCGGAGUGCGGCCGAGUCCGGGCAGGGCGGCGGCAGCAGCAGCAGUAGCAGUGGCGGCUCAACCUCGGACAUGUCCAUACAGUACGGCGACGAGGAGCCGCUGGCCGGCAGCUACGGCGGAGUGGACUCCUUCCCCAAGGACUUCGGCUAUGGGGUGGAAGAAGCCGACAUGGAAGGGAACGAGUCGCAGUCGGACAGCAAGCCCCGCAUCCUGCUGAUGGGCCUCAGGCGCAGCGGCAAGUCGUCCAUCCAGAAGGUGGUCUUCCACAAGAUGUCCCCCAACGAGACGCUCUUCUUGGAAAGCACCAAUAAGAUCUACAAGGACGACAUCUCCAACAGCUCCUUCGUCAACUUCCAGAUCUGGGAUUUCCCCGGGCAGGUGGACUUCUUCGACCCUACCUUUGACUAUGAGAUGAUCUUCAGGGGCACUGGAGCGCUCAUCUUCGUGAUAGACGCGCAGGAUGAUUAUAUGGAAGCUCUAGCAAGACUUCACCUGACAGUAUCGAGAGCAUACAAAGUCAAUCCUGAAAUUAAUUUUGAAGUAUUCAUCCACAAAGUAGAUGGUUUGUCAGAUGAUCACAAGAUAGAAACCCAAAGAGACAUUCACCAGCGGGCCAAUGAUGACCUUGCUGAUGCUGGUUUAGAGAAACUCCACCUAAGCUUUUACUUAACCAGCAUCUAUGAUCAUUCAAUAUUUGAAGCAUUUAGUAAAGUAGUACAGAAACUUAUCCCACAACUACCAACACUGGAAAAUCUACUUAACAUCUUUAUAUCGAAUUCAGGAAUUGAAAAAGCCUUUCUUUUUGAUGUAGUCAGUAAAAUCUAUAUUGCCACAGACAGUUCACCUGUAGACAUGCAGUCAUAUGAGCUAUGCUGUGAUAUGAUAGAUGUGGUGAUUGACGUCUCCUGCAUUUAUGGACUUAAAGAAGAUGGCACUGGAAGUGCAUAUGAUAAGGAGUCUAUGGCAAUUAUCAAACUCAACAACACAACAGUUCUCUACCUUAAAGAAGUGACAAGGUUUCUUGCUCUUGUAUGCAUUCUGAGAGAAGAAAGCUUUGAGAGAAAAGGUUUGAUAGACUACAAUUUCCAUUGUUUCCGUAAAGCCAUCCAUGAGGUAUUUGAGGUUGGAGUAAGUGCUCAUAGACCAAGCAGCCACCAAGUCAAUAUGCAGAACAUGAAGACAGUAACUCACAAUGGCACACCCAGAGCUGCUGUGUAGCCAACCAAAGGAUGACUGUGCCAACCUUCCUGUGAUCCAAGUCUGCUAAUGCAGCAGUAGACAGAAAAUGAAGCAGAGCACAUCAGGACUUGCAUUAAGGACUAGAGUGGUGCCCUCUCUCUUGAUGAGAAGGACAUUGUGUACUGAACUUUUGUGGAUUAACGCUAAGCGAUUCUGUAAGCUGUAUCUGUACACUGGGAGGUCUAGCUGUGUCAGUGCAGUGCUGGCUUUGCAAAGUACCAAACCCACAAUCAUGCCAGAAUAAUAUUUCCAUUGGAUUAGCCUUUUGUACAGACUAUUGUACAGAUAGAAUAAGUUAACAUCAUUCUCAUGGCCUAAAUAUUUCUACAACUCUUGAAUUAUUGCUAUAAAUACCCCUCCCUCUAUUCCACUGCGUCCCACAACUUAUUUUCUCUCAGUGCCCCCUAUCUGAAGGCUUUGGUUUGUGGACCCAAGGUGAAAGUUGAAAUAAUUGGAAGUAGCAGCACAUAUACUACUACAAUGUUAAAACAACUACAGUCACCUGACCUUUUAUGAAAAGACCAAUUAUAGUUUUGAGAGGGAUUUGUACAAGGUCACAAGAAGAUACCAUCUGCAUUGCUUACUGCUUAGAAUGAUUCCAAAUGUGUAUGCAAGUGCUGGCACUAAGACCAUUCCUUGAGCACACUGCAGAAUGCAGUUUCUUUUCCCCCACAAUUUCAGUCAAAUAUCACUUUCACUGCAAAUGCCAAAAAAGCACAACUGAAAGAGAGAUGUUUGGGUUUCACUAAAAUGGCUGGAGGCUUGAGUGAAGUAAAAUGGAAAUGCUGAACCUGCUGUGUGGUUUUGUGUAGUAAUUGUCAGCAUUCUGCAAAUUGUAUUGCAGCUGCCCCGGUUUUGUGUAGGAAACUAUUGUCACAAGCUUAUUUAAUUUUGAUCCAGUUCUUUUUGAGUGGUGCAGAAUAUUUGCAUACGUGCCAGUAAUGAGGUGAAUUGAGUGUGAAGCCUAUCUUUAUUAUAUUCAAUAAUAUUUCAUUCAAAAUGCUACAAAUAAUGACUACAAGCAUUGGUGGUCAUUACUGGAUUUCAUCAAUGAUUAAUAAUACAAAGUGAAUUGAGACGUUACUUUGAUAAAAGGAAACUACUCAGAUGGAAAAUUUGGCGAGAUGGUCAAUCAAGUAAUAUAGGUAAAAGAGGGAGAUAUUGCAAUUAAGUAAUAACCAGCAUGUAUUUAAACAAUACUGUAUGACAGACUUUUACAACAAUAUUGCAUAUCCUAAUGCACAUCCCCUUGUUAUUACUACUUCUGUGUUUCACACUCCCUUAAAAAAAAGCCACUGUAUGCAUUCACAGUGUGAAUAGAUCUGAUACCGACACACUGCAGGUGAUUCUUGAGUGUACUGUGAUGUUGACUUGCUUCAGUAUUCACUUAAACUCUCCAUAUUCCUCAUCUGGUAACGUGAUGCCUUUAUAUUUAUAGCUUUCUUUCACAAAACUGUUUUAAACUUAGGUUAUCAAUAAAUCUGUAACUGGCAUUAGAUGUUUUGUACUCUUCAUGGAAUCCUGAAUCUUCUCAGUACUAUUCUAACAUUUUAAGUGAGAUGGAGAAUUAGUACAACCAAGUUUCUUUUCAUUGAGCAUGGGUCCAGCUUGUAAGUACUUGUUUCAAAUUUUCCAUUGGUCAUCAGAAACAGUCCUGUUCAGUGGUUGGUAUACAAGUUAUUGUAAAAAAAAAAAGGCAUGUGUUUGAAUUUUCCAGGUCUAAAACUGUUGUAUUCCCAUGAUUGAAUCUGCUUGCUCCAAAAUGCUGAAUAAAAUCUGUCAGAGAAGCAGAUUUAUAUUAAAAUAUUUUAGAAUUUAUCAACACAUGAAGCAAGGGAACAGAAGUAUAGAUUUAGUUGCCAUGUAUCUCUUAAUUGUAAUCAGAAGGGUGUGAGAAACUGUUCAGAAGCUUCAUUUUGAUAAAAUAUUAAAUUCUAAAGAAGUUUGGAGAGUGUGCAGCCUCGUAUGUGGUUUUGGUCUAAACCACACAGUGUACCUAGAAAUACUAAGACACAGGUCUUCAAGCUAAUCUAAAGUAAUUUUAUUUCCAUUGUAAUUUGAUCUGUUAAUGGUUAGAGUGAUAACUCUGAGGUAUUUUCUUGGUAAAUUUAUUGGGAGGUGUGGUCAACCUUAAUCCAUUGGAGCACACCCAGUGUCUGAUUGCAUUUGGAAGAGUCCUUGGUAUUGUUCAUUUGCUGUCCCUGUUCUAAAGUGAUGGGUAAAAAUGGGGACCUAGAAGUGGAAGAUAUCUUUUAAAAAAACUGCUUGUGCAUCGGCAUCCUGUACCAAAAUGGAGCCUGCUUGCCUACUAUCAGCUUCUUUGAAAUACCCUGUUUUAAGACUUCACCAAGCUGACUUGUUUGUUGCAAAGCUGCUGUUAUGGCCGUUGUAAUUCCACUCCCCCCCCCCCCCCCCCCCCCCCCCCCCCCCCCCCCCCCCCCCCCCCCCCCCCCCAGGUUCAUUAUUUGUGUAAUGAGACUAUAUAUUUACACAUGGCCUACUGAAUCCUUGUAUUGUCUCCAAAAGGAGCUGCACAUUCUGAUGUCAGAACGUGUGCUAGAAUAAAUUGUAAUUUUUCAU